AGAUGGCAUUAGAGUUGUUAUUCUAUUAAGAUCUUGGAGCUUAUCAGAUUCAGUGAUCACCAUAAAACUGAAGCAGAGAUAUUUUUUUCAACGAAAAGAAAUAAAACUAUAAAACUAAAAAGAAUCUUUAAACUAUUACAAAACCCAGUUUGUUUUGUACAUAUUUAAAAAUAUAUUCCUUUUCCACUUUAAUCGGAGCGAUAAUAUACACUUUCGAAAUUUUUGACACUUCGCAAACAAAUUAACUUAUAUAUUUGCUAUUUUCUUUAAAACUGCAUUAAAAUGACUCAUAAUGAAAAGAGAGGACAUUGGCUCAAAGAAGGGGCAAUCGGAUUAGGAGUCGGAAUAUUAUACGGAACAACUAGCGUUGCCGUUGGUCAUCCAUUAGAUACAAUAAAAACCAAAAUGCAAGCUCAAAAAGGGUUCGAAAAACGAGGAAUGUUCGAAACUUUACUCAAAACCCUAAAAAAUCAAGGCAUUCGAGGUUUAUACAGAGGAUGUAUACCUCCGCUUUGGGGAUCAGGCUUAUACAGAUCUUCCCAGUUUGCCGUUUUUGAAGCUGCGUAUACUUAUAUGGAUAACCCAGUGUUUAGAAAAGAAAUUCCAGGUUCUUUUGGAUUGCAAACAAGAGUAGUCUUGGCUGGUUUACUGGGAUCUACAGCGCGUGCAAUAAUUGAAACGCCUUUGGAGUACGUAAAGAUAAGGGGACAAACACAGCAAGGUUGGAAAUUGCGAAAUAUUUAUACCGGUUUUUCGGUCACGUGGACCCGAACUCUCGGUCUUAUGACAACUUACUUUAUUCUCGUCGAUUCGGGUCGACGACACUUUCCAGAGCACUUCAGCCGACCAAUGCUAGGGCCGUUUUUGACCUCUGGCAUAGCAGCUAGUAUGGCAUGGCUUUUGGUAUGGCCAAUAGAAUACAUGAAAGCUCAAGUCCAAGGAGAUUAUGGCAAGCGUCAAUCGAGCUGGAAACGGUUAAAAGAAACAUUUUCUUCAAGAGGAGGAUUUUUUGGACUUUAUAGAGGUUUGCUUCCAGGGGUCAUGCGAUCAUUCAUAUCAAACGGUUCCUCAAUGGUUGUCAUGGUAGCAGCUCAUCGUAAGGUUUCUGAAUGGGGACUAAGAGACGAUUGA